AACAAAAGCAAAUUAGAAAUCUGUGUACUAAAUGAAUUGAGACUUUGUGUAAAAACGUAAAAUGCCUGCAGGCGCGCAUCGAUACACAGAGCCGCCCGCUAUCGAUUGUUUGUAUUUAAAUCAAACCAAGUGGAUCAUUAAUAUAAGUUUAGCUGCCGAAAUGGACGCAACGGCGCCGUCUGAAAGCCUCGGCGAGCUUGUCUCCCAUUACCUGGACAAGGGAAUCAUACUUAUAAUAGCUGAUCUGCUCAGUUUGAUUACGGUGUCAUCAUGUCUGGUCAUCAAGGUGCCACAAAUAAAUACGAUACGCGAAAACCAAUCGUCAAAAGGUAUCAGCGUUUUUGGCCUGUGCCUGGAGCUGUUCAGCUAUACCGUUAUGAUGUCCUACAAUUAUACAUCAGGUUAUGAUUUUCUAUCCUAUAUGGAAUAUCCUGUGCUGCUAUUGCAGGAAUAUGUGUUAAUCUAUUAUGUGUUCAAAUAUCAGGAUAUGCUGGGCAAACGCACACAAAUCUUUGCCAUAUUCUACGCAACCAUCGCGACUCUUAUCUAUUUGAAAAUCUUUCCCAUUAUCAUCCUAACGUUCCUGGUGCCUUUUUGCACGCCGAUUGGAGCAACAAGCAAAGUGCUCCAGCUCCUGGCUAUAUUGCGUACAAAGGAUGCUAGCUCCGUUAGCCGUACGACAUGGGCGCUGUCCGCCUUCACCAAUAUGACUCGCAUUUAUACAGUUUAUGUGCAGUCGCAUGAUUUGAUGCUUCUAUCAAAUUUCCUGAUAUCCACGUUUCUUAGCCUAAGCGUCUUUGUCGCCGCCUGCGUUUACAAAAAGAAGACGAAGACGGCUUAAAAGAAACUCACCUAAUUGUUAGAAGUUAAUUUUUAUCUUUAGUUGAUUCUAGCUGUCUGCAUAGUAUGCCACGCCCAG